AUGACCAUGAAGCGGGCCGCUUCCGCCAUACGUAAAACCCCCCAUAUGGAUGACAGGGAGUACAAAUUAUUCACCCACGGUGGCAAUUGGUGGCGAGACAACUACCAUCUUCACUACUGGGACGAGUGCAUCCAACCGGUUGUCUAUCGCAACCAUGUCUACAAUGGGUACAAACUGCUGCGCAGGCUGGGCGACUGGUGCUGGCUGACAAAGGAUCCCAAGACGCAGAAGUACUUGACCGUCAAGUUCCUUUCUCAGGGACAGGUCAACGAUCUGAACAUUGGCAUCUUUUUAAAGCAACGUUGUAGUAGCCCAUUCAUCUCCAUUAUUGAGGACCACUUCACGAUCCCCCAUCAUCUGGCGGAAACACAUCCUAAAUACCGAGAUGUGAAAUUCGAUGCAAUUGUCUACGAAACCCUGGGAGCGGAUCUACGCCGUGAAUCUUCCGGAGGAGAGGUAUCUAGAUGCAAGUCCCCGAGCCUAGAAUUGCGGGUGCGUUGCAUUCAGCAAGCCGUUCAGGCCGUCGCCGAACUCCACCGGAUGGGUGUUGUGCAUGGAGACCUUCAUGCCGGGAAUCUUGCACUUCCACCACCCGCUAAUGAACAAAUCGAUCAGUUCCUGGCUGAACCGCCCCUUGAACACGACAUUAUUCGAAAGGACGGAGCCCCAACACCAGCUCAUCUUCCGCAGCGCGUUACUGAGCCCGAAAACAUCGGUCAUGGCCAUGGUGACAUCAAUUUGUUCGAUUUUGGAUACGCAUUUCGACAUAUGGACGGCGCUGCAUACAGCAAACAUGUCUUUGCUCGCGGCACAACCCCCGCGCCAGAACUUCUUGGGGGGCGUACAACGACGGACCCAUUCAAGGCCGAGAGCUGGUACCUUGGCCAAAUGGUAUGUCACUCUUCGUGA